ACCCCUCGACGAAUACUUUUGACUGAUUCGCUCAUUCUCUGCAGCUUCGUUUUGCGGCCACGACGUUGCCUGCUUUCUGCUUCGGCUUGCGCACGACAUGGUCGAGACAGACAAGAAGGAGAGGCUCUCCAGGCAUCGCCGAACGAGCACCUAUGCUAUCGAGAAGAAGCAAAAGUCGCAGGAAAAGCUCAAACGCAGGCUAGCGCAAAAGAAAGCUGAGAAAGAAGAUCCCAGCUUGAGGGAAGAGAGAGUGGCUCGCAAUGUACCCAUAACCAUUGAGAAUACUCGACAAUGGAUGGGGGAGCAGGACGGCACGGAUGAUCCACGCACGCAGCCUGUCAAGCUCAAGGCAGCUCAUGAGGGCGCACAGGAGCUCAAUCUUGACGAUGGCAUGAAUGGCAUGGUCAUCGACUUGGCAGGGUUGGAAGAUCUCUUUCCGGAGCCGAUCAAGCAUCCAAAGCAGCAGCCGGUCGCAGGCCCCUCCUCGGAACGCAAUAUUGACCUUGAUGGCGCCGAAAUGGACGACGAGGACGAGCAAGCUGGUAUGACUGGGCGCAUCUUGCUCACCACUGCGCCUCGCCCCACACCAGCGACGUAUGAUUUUUUGAAGGAGCUACAGGGACUCUUUGGAGGCCCAAUGUUGGCGGAAAUCAUCCCUAGAAAGUCGCCGCGCCAUGAACUGAGCAAAGUGUGCAAGUGGGCUGCAAAGCGCGGCUACAGCGCUCUCAUUGUCGUCGGCGAGGACCACAAGCAUCCGAGUUCUUUGACGAUGACACGCCUACCUUUAGGCCCAACAGCGCAUUUCCGUCUGACAUCCAUACUAGGCUGUAAGCAGAUACGCGAUCACGCAAGGCCGACAGCACAUGCACCAGAGCUUGUGUUAUCCAACUUCUCGACACCCAUCGGUUUGAGUGUAGGGCGUCUGUUUCAAGGUCUCUUUCCACCUAUGCCCGACAUUCAAGGGCGACAGGUCGUCGCAAUUCACAACCAACGCGACUUCGUCUUCUUCAGACGCUUCCGCUACGCAUUUGCGGUUCGUUCAGAGGGCAAGAUAAGCACCGAGUUAGCAGAGAAGCGUGGGAUGGACAAGGAUAUACGGACGAAGCUACAAGAAAUCGGGCCAAGAUUUACGCUCAAGCUGCGCUGGAUCAAGCGAGGCACCCUGGAGCAUGGUCGAAAGCGUGGAGGUCGAGCCAGAGGCGGAUCUAGCCACCAGACCGAGCACAUCGAAGCCGAUAUGCUGAGACAGGUAGAAGGCGGCAAGACUCAGACAGAGGGCGAAGAGAACGGCGAUCAGGACGAACGCGAUGCAGCUGAAGAAGCGGGCCUGCCAGCGCCGCCAGAUCAGCCUGCAAAGGAUGAUGACGGUGAUCGGAUAGAGUCAAUGGACAAUCCCACACCGAAGAAGCGAAACAACCAUGGCAAGCCGCGCACGCACAACAGCCAAGGUCGGAUCCGUAUACCUCAGCUCAAGCCUAAGCCGGCACUGCCUGGCGCUCGCAAGCUCAAAAAAGGCGCAAGCGUACUUGAAGGUUUCGGCAUGCAAAAUGGUACAGAUUCUGCCGAGCUGGAAUGGGAGUGGAAGCCAGACAUGCAAGUCAACCGACGUCAUUUCUUCAUGUAGACAUUAUGAUGCAUCUUUGUCUGCUCCCUCUGGUAUGCCUUGCUCGCCGGUCUGCUUGGCGUCUUUUUGAAAAUGGAUCGGCGUCGCUCGCGGCGGAAUACCGCCUGGCCCUGGCUGCGCUGGUGCCUCAAUUUCAUUGGCUGUAUUCGGUAGCUCAUCGACUGCCGGUGCUUGACCGGGCGCUUGCGUAGACUCGCUCAAGGGCGCACUACCUCCGCUUGUAGAGGCGUGAGGCGAGCCUUUCGGGCCUGAGGAGUGACACCUCUGUGCCAGACUCUGUGUCAGCACUCGCACAGGUGU